CAGAGCAGAGACGGAGACGCGAGUUCACGUCAACAUCAGCGGCUACGAGCAGGAGAGCAUGGAGCUAUCACUGAUGGCAGCCCAGCAUUUGCAAGCGGUCAGUGGGGCCUUCAUGGAUUCUCCUUACAACGGCAACGCGUCUCUUCAGACGUCCACAUCCAACCUCAACACCAGCUUCUCCAGACCGGCGGAGCAGGACGAGGAGGGCAAGUUCUCCAGCGACGCCAUCUGGCUGUGGGUGGCUGUCAUUGCAACCAUCGGCAACAUUGUGGUGGUAGCGGUGGUGUGCGCCUGUGCCUUUUAGACCCCGUAGUCUGCAAGAACACCGCCUGAACUCCUGACCCCUCACCCACCUGCACUUAGCACACUUUGUAGUAUGCAAGCGACACCCUCCUUCCUCCGUCCUUCAAAAACGGCCCCUGUGAGUGCAUUUAAAGGCAGUCUAUCGAUUCCUGUUUUAUUAGCACUUUAUCUGUUAAAUAACAGCUCAGUUUAUUUGGUUUGCUUGGUUAUAUAAGUCAGCAUUACACAACAUCUGUCAACUGAUGAUUAACACGAUCGACCAAAUCUAUGGGACACGUGUGCGUGUUUGUGUGAGUCGGUUCUCGCUAAAUCAGACAGAUGGUGGUUGUCUGACGGUCGACGCAUUUAGCAUGAUUUAACUCGGCUUCUGGUCAUUCUGCCCAGUUCUCUCCGCUUCUGCCUUUUCUGGUGGAGUCCACAUAGUUUUUGUCUAUUUAGCGGCGAUAUAGCACCAACACGUGAUGCAUGACGACAUAUAUUAGCUGCAAGUGUGAGAAUGUGUCCAAAAUAGUGCAUUUAACUGAGAGAAAUGACCGAUGCACUGACCAUGAGGUUUUAAGUGUGCAGCUCAGGAUUUUCUCUAAACCCACACUGAAAAAUAAAUUCCCUAAAAUUUACGGUAAAAAACUAGCAGCUGUGGUUGACGAAAUUCUACGGUAAAAAAAUGCGGUAACACCGUUUUUGGUUUUACGUUCAAUUUACAGUUAAAUAUCAUCAUUUUAUUAAUUGAUAUAAUGUUAAUAUACCGACCUAUUAAAGUAGUGAAGUCUGAACCAAAGCCCAGCACAAGCAGCUUUUAAAUAAUAACAUAUACAGAAGGAGUUACUAAGCACCAUCACGGUGAGCCUCAUUAAAACUGAAACAUGCAAUAAACAUUAAUUUAACAACAUUAGAUAUAACAUACAAUCCAAAUAAACAUGACUUUUAAGAAAACUAAAAAGAAACAUAGUGAAUUUAAAAAAAAAAAACAUCAAAUUGAAAUAAAAUUUGAAAUGCAGUGCAGGGAAUUCUGAGAAUGUGAAUUCCGGGUUUUCCCUGUAACUUUUACGGGAAUUUACCGUUAACUAUUUAACAAGUUUUUGCUGUGGCAUUUUCACAGGUUUUGCAGGAAAUGAAAAAGAUGUUGGCCUCACUGGACGCAGGGUCUAAAUUUGUUCAAAUUAAUGAAAUAAUUAGGAUCGUAAACUAAAAAUAUCACAGUGGCAUGCAUAGAAUACCCCAGUAAUUACGCUAAAAUAUAUAAAAAUAUAUUCGGUUUACAAAAUAUUCAUAAAACGAACAAGAACAAAGAAAAUCUUCAUUAUUAUACAUCAUUUUUGUAGCGCACAUAGGCUGAUAGUUUUCUUUUAUCCAUUCUAAAAGCAUUCUUUUUUCAAUUCCAUCUACUCAUUUUCUUAUUCAUUCACUUAUCAGUUUUUGUGCUGCUUUAGUAAAUCAUAAUACUAACCAAUUACCGGUUCAGAAGCCCACGCUCUCCCUUAUAGCUGGGUGUGUUUAACACAGUCUCUUGUGUUGUUAAAAGAAACAUCAUUGUGAUAAUAUUAGUGCUUGAAUCUCCCCGAAUACCUUCUUCUGUGGGUUACAGACAUGCCAGCUCAUUAAUUCAAUCAAAGCUCGUUUUUCAAAGCCCAAAAGUCUUUUAUUUUUGUACUGUUGACGGUCCACAGAGUUACUAACGGUCCGCCGGAUCUCUGAACCGAGACGUGACCUCAGUUCCUGUGCAGUUAACCAGAGCGUGCAGGAGAGCUUCAGGUUCAGAGGUUAAAACACUUUCAGCAUGCGGUCGCUCUUUAUUAUUAAAACGCGGGUGAACUCGUGGGUUUCGGUUCAGGGUUGAUGUUGUGUGAACUCUGACAGCAUAAACCCUCUUGCACGAUGUUGCCUCAGGGUCUCGGCAAACACACAGAUGAAUAUAGAAUGGGAAUAAUAUUUAAUAAUGAUGUGAUGAGAUUAAGUAAACCGGUGAAAAAAAAAAAAAAAGAAAGCUGUUUCUCAGCCUCUAUAUGAAGGAUGCGCGUUUUUCGUGCUACAGAAAACGGAAAAAGAUCAUGAAUAAUGUCUGUUAGUGAAUGUUUUUAUUUAUGAAUAACAAUACAUGUUACAUUAUGGAAUGGAUAUGGAUGAAAAGAAUGCUCUUUUAUCGUAAUAUGUGAGCAUAUACAGUACAAUAUAUAAACCGUUCAGAUGCAAAAGCGUCAUCUGAAUUUUUAGUAUGUUUAUCAGGCUCCUGUGUGCAGGUUCAGUCAUUUGAAAAAGAACCUAUUUAUUGCCAUGAAAGCUUAAAUGACUGAACCUACGCACAAAGCGCUCAUUUUAAAUGAAGAUUUCAAAUGCAAAAUAUAUUUAACCCCAAAAUAUUUUGGGUUAAGGAAUUAAAGGCUGUCUCUAAAUGUCAGAUUUAGUUGCUCGCGAUCUCCUUCAGGAGUUUGGCAGCGGGGCUGUGCUGUUUUUCUGGCCGUGGUUUGAUCUCAGAAAUGUGGCACAGCCCGGUUUAACUCGGUUUGUGUGCUUGGCUCCGGAGUCAGUGGAGACAUAGGUGCCCAUCACACACUCAUCAACACCACGACGUGCCUUAAAGUGCAUACAGCCGAGCCGGAGGGGAAAGAUCCGUCUCGUCUGGAGAUUGAAAAAGAUGCAUGUUUCGGCCUGAAGGACGUUCGCGUUAAAGCGUAUUUUCUGGAGAAUGAAACGCUUUAAGACGCUUCGUUUGCCUCAGAAGACACAGAAGUGGACGGCCUUCGAAUGACUUUGAUUGGCAAGCACUGGAGAAAUCAUGACCUUAAACCUUUAAUGCGCUCUGCGUGUCUGCAGAUGUUAGGAGUAGAAUGAAUCUGUGUUUUUUUCCCUCGUAUUUCGCAGCUGAAUCACAAAAUGCGUUCCGUAGUUUGGUCACGUGUGGGAAAAACAUUUUUAAUGUUUAAAUAUUUAAAUGAUAAAAAUGAUCAUAUGCAUCUAAUUGUGGACAGUGGUUGAUGCAUUAAAAACAAGUGCGUAGUUGAUGAAAUGUGUAAAUGUAUUGUAUAUAAAUGGAGGAAAUGCACUUUAUUCUCAAUAUAGCGUACGUAUGCGUGCGUGCAUAUGAAGGGAUAUGAAUGAAGCGAUCUGUAAUUUAUGAGCGAGUAUCACGGGACGCUCACCUGACUCCAGCACAAUACACCGCUGCUAAAAACUCCAAGCAGUUAAUCUUCACACGUUCUACCGCUCGACGUAUCAAAUGAAACCGUGGAAACAUGUGCAUAUUCUUCUAUUGCUUAAAAAAUAGCAGCCUAAACCGCACAGGAUGGCAUCGAUGUAACCGUUUGGAUCAUAUAAAAACAACGUGUCAGAAUGUGUCUCAUUCAUCUCUUCACAAAACAUUAAAGAUAUCACUCCUGUGA